AUGAUUCCACUCACUAUUCUCCUCCUCGCAUCCCUCCUCUUCCCAAGCCCCUCCGCCGCCGCCGCCGCGACCACCACCGCCGCCGCCACCCGCAAGUACAAAACCUACCUGAAAACCGCCUGCGCCGACGCCACGUACCCAAAAGUCUGCUACACCUCCCUCGCACCUUACACCUCCGCCAUCAAGACCGACGACUUCAAGCUCUGCUCCGCCGCGCUCUCCGUCACCCUCCAAGCCGUCAGGGACACGUCAUCGCUGGUGUCGCGGCUGCGGAAGCGGGAGGGGCUGGGCAAAGGCGACGUGGCGGUGCUGAAGGACUGCGCCGAGGAGAUCCAGGACGCGGUCGACGAGCUGAAGCAGACGGCCAAGGUGGUGAGCCGGCUGAAGAGAGGGACCGCCGCCGGCCGUGAGUUGGAUAUUGCCAACAUACGGACGUGGCUCAGCGCGGCGAUCACGGACGAGACAACUUGCACCGACGUGUUCGACGGCGGGGAUGUGAGCGCGGCGGUGAAGGGUCCGAUUUGGAAGAGCAUUAAGAAGGUUGGGAGGUUGACUAGCAACGGUUUGGCCCUCGUUGACAAACUGGCGUAUUGA